AUGGCGCGUAGGGUCAUGUCUGCUGCUAGCGACGACUCCCAGAAGGAGAACUCCGGAGUACGUAAAAGAGUCAAACUCGAGAGGUUGAGGCAAAAGAGGGCAGCAAAGCUGACUGGGAUAGCUGCGCGUCAGCGCGCCGUCAGCGUAGAAGACGACGAGGAUGCGGAGGGCGAAGACGAGUUAGACGACCUGGACGAUACCCAAGGUCAGGAUGAAGAUGCCGCGGGUGAGGAAGCAAGAGAACAGGAAGAGGAGGAUGAAGAAGGCGCGUCUCCCAGGGGCCGGAAACGCGUGCGCACGAACGCAGAGGGCGACUCUCGUCCCACGGAGGUGGAUGUCAAGCCCAAGGCGGAGAAGAAGGAGAAAUCACGUACUCUCCCUCGUGAUGUCGACGGCUUCACCCCUGGCGCGAUCGUUCGUGUCCAACUCAAGAACUUUGUAACUUACGACUACGUCGAAUUCUGCCCGGGACCGUAUCUGAACAUGAUCUUCGGCCCUAAUGGUACGGGCAAGAGUACGAUCGCUUGUGCGAUUUGUCUCGGACUGAAUUUUCCCCCUAGUGUAUUGGGUCGCGCCUCUGAAUUGAAUUCUUUUGUCAAGAUCGGCACAGAGUCGGGUCACAUCGAGAUCGAGCUCAAAGGCUUGAUGGGUAAAUCAAACCUUGUUGUCAGGCGCAUGCUCAGCGCGAAGUCGAAGAGUUCAACCUUUACGCUCAAUGGCCAGUCUGCAUCUGGGAAGGAGAUCAACGCGCGCAUGGCUGAGCUGAACGUUCAAGUCAGCAAUCUCUGUACUUUCUUGCCGCAGGAUAAGGUCUCAGAGUUCGCGUCGAUGAGUCCUCAACAGCUGUUGCGGGAGACUCAGCGUGCUGCUGGUAAUGCCCAUUUGACCAGCUGGCACGACUCUCUCAUCAGCAGCGGUAAGGAGCUCAAACAGAUGCAAGAUGUACUGGAUGCCGAUCGUGACCAACUCAAGACGAUGCAAGAGCGCAAUGCUAACUUGGAGCGUGAUGUUCGGCGAUACGAGGAACGUCGCAGGAUCGAGCGUGAGAUCGAUCUUUUGGAGCUCAUUCUGCCCUUCAAGCAGUACAUGGAGGCGAAGGAUCUAUACCACUUGACUAAGGCCGCGCAGCGCCGUCUACAUGACAAGGUGAAGGCGCUGCAGGCUAAGAAUGCACCCAUGCUGAAGUUGAAGGCAGAUCUCACGCGAGAGAUGCAGGAAAAGGAUGAAGUACGAGAGGACAGGAAGAAGGGAACGAAGAAGAAGUUACAGGGUCUCCAUAAGAAGUACAACGACAACGAGAAGCUUGAGACGGAUGCGGAGGACCUGAAGACUAAACUGGAAACCUUGAAAGAAUCGGAGAAGCAACGCAAGAGGAACAUUGAAAGGGCCGAGAAGGCGAUCGCCCACAUGCAGAAGCAGUUAGAUAACCCUCCCGAGAUGGGGGACCUUGACGAUCUGAACAAUCAACUUAGAAAUCUGAGCACCCAGAACAACGCGAUUAGAAACGAACAAUCUGACCUGCAAGAGAAGCAGCGACUCAAUGUUCAAGAGGAGUCUAGACAGAAGACCACUAUUCAGCAGCAACAGCAGCGAUUGAAGGAACUAGAUGACGUGUCUCAUAGAAAGCUUGAAGACCUUGCAAGGUGGGACAGAGACUGCGCCGAUGUCGUUCGAUGGCUACGCAACAAUAAGCAGAGAUUCAGGAUGGAAUUGUUCGAGCCACCCAUGCUAUGCUGCACCGUUCCGGACAAGAAGUACGUGCACGCCGUCGAGGCUUGCUUCAACCAGACUCAGAUGAAGACGUUUGUAGCGCAGUGCGAGGAAGAUUAUCAAUUGCUUAACAGACUCGUCGUUGACACGCCUGAAGCGCUUGGUCGUAAGGUGCGCAUCAACACCUGGUACAGGGCUAAGACGCAACUGGUCGGACCACCAAUGUCGGAACAGGAGAUGCAUGUUCUUGGCUUCGAUGGUUACGCUCUGCAAUACCUUGUCUACCCCGAAGGUUUGAAAUGGUUCUUGCAGAACUCCCUGCAGCUCCAUCGAACAGCAAUCUCCUUGGACGCAGGCAGGGUAGAUCCGAACCGCGCUAUGGAAAUGGUUUCUCGAUACGGGCCUGGUGGUUCUGGUGGCGGUGCUAGCUACGUCUGCGGGGACGUCUUUAACACUGUGCAACGGUCAAGGUAUGGGAAGCGACUCCCUCAAAACAUGACCAGAGAAGUCAGGCCGGCAAGGAACCUUGUCCAUUCUGCUAUCGAUCCCGAGAUCAAGCAGCGCAUAGAUACGAUUCUUAGAGAAGCAAACCAGAAGCUCACAUUGUGCCAAGAAGAAGCGAAGACUCUUACAGACGACGAUGCCAGGAUUCGGGAAGAACAUAGACAGCACAAGAGGCAACAUGACGAUAUUAUCUCUCGGAGAAACGCCGUCGUGGACUUGCAAAAAAAGUUUGAAUCCUUCAGAUACAACAUCGAGAAGGAACAGACGAAAGUUAACGACCUCCGCUCCAUGCCGUCUGUCGAAGAUGAAAGAAUUCGGUUAAGGAGCCAACUCGUCGUUCUGACUAAGAAACGCGCGGAUAUUGUGAAGGACUUCAGUAAAAUUAUUCGCUCUGUGAUCACUACGCAGCAGGAGGCGACUCGUAUUGGACUCGAGUACUUGCAGGUCGCCGCGAAUAAGACUGCGCUCGAAGCGAUGUGUCAGGACCAAGAGGAGGAAUAUCAGAAGGCUGUUGCAGAAUUCAACGAUGCUCAUAGGCGCUACGAAGUUGCCAAGGAGGAUUCGAAGCUUAAACUGCGUGUCAGUAUGGCCAAGCUAGAUGAAGUCGACGACGAAAUCCGUGCCAAGUUCAAGGAUAUGGAAGACUCUGGUGAAGCAAAUGCUCGGUCUGCAGAAGACGUCCAGGCGGAUCUUGACGCGAAGAAGGCACAGCUAGACAUGAAUCUCCAUACCAACGCGGGCGUCGUGGAACAGUUUAGGAAGCGCGAGCAAGAGAUCAAAGUCUUGACCGAGACGAUUGAGGAUAAGGAGAAGAAGAUGGAGAGGGUAGACCGAACCAUCAAGACUGCACGGGACCAUUGGCAACCCGCUCUAGACGAGUUAGUAGCGAGUAUCGGCACCAGGUUCUCAGCGGCCUUUGACCGUCUCGGGUGCGCUGGCGAAGUCAGAAUCAGUGAACACGAAGACUAUGACAAGUGGGCGAUAGAGAUUUUUGUCAAGUUCCGCGACAGCGAGAAACUGCAGCUGUUGACGGGAGAGCGACAAUCGGGUGGAGAACGCUCGCUCACCACCAUCCUCUACCUCAUGAGCUUGACCGAGGAAGCUCGUGCUCCCUUCUCGUUGGUAGACGAGAUCAAUCAGGGCAUGGAUCAGCGUGCAGAACGAGCCGUCCACAAUUCGCUCGUCGAGGUCACCUGCAAAGCCGAGAGUGGCCAGUACUUCCUUAUCACGCCCAAGCUGCUGCCGGACCUGAACUACGCAGAGCGUAUGAAGGUCCUGUGCGUCAACAACGGGGAGUGGCUUCCCGAGGAAUCCGGCAUCGGAAACAUGAUGAAUAUGAUCGAAGGCUACGUGAAGCUGCACUCCGGCCGGGCGGUAUCUUCGGCAUGA